AUGUUCAUAAUUAUAUUUAUUUUUCUUCCAUUUCUUUCUUCUACUUCUCAAUUUGUUCUCUUUCUUUCGUUUUUCUUUCCUCUCUUCUCUCUCUAUCUCUCUCCAUUCCUUUUUUCUUUCUUUUCUUUCUUUCAUUCUUAUGUUCAUAACUACAUUUCUCCCUUUCCCUUUCUUUCUUCUCGUGUCUCUCUUUCUUUCUUUCUUCUCGUGUCUCUCUUUCUUUCUUUCUUUCUUUCUUUCUUUCUUUCUUUCUUUCUUUCUUUCUUUCUUUCAACACAGAAUCCUUUCUUUCACCAAACCCAUUCUUUAAUUCAUUUAAUACAUUCCCAUUCUUCUCUUCUCUUUCUUUCUUUCUUUCUUUCUUCUUUGCCUCAUUUCUUUCUUGUUUCUUUCUUUUUUCUUUCUUUCUUCUUUGCCUCAUUUCUUUCUUGUUUCUUUCUUUUUUCUUUCUUUCAUCACGUAAAUCUGUUUUAUUUGGUUUCUGUCCAUAUUCUUUCUUUUUUCUUUCUUUCUUUCUUUAUCUAUCUAUCCCAAUUUCUUCUUUCUUUCUUUCUUUCUUUUUUCUUUCUUUCUUCUAUGCCUCAUUUCUUCCUUGUUUCUUUCUUUUUUUCUUUCUUUCUUCUUUGCCUCAUUUCUUCCUUGUUUUCUUUUUUCUUUCUUUUUUUUUGCUUUUCUUCUUUUUCUCAUUUCUUCCUUGUUUUCUUUUCUUCUUUUUCUUUUCUUUUUCUUUCUUUCUUCUUUGCCUCAUUUCUUCCUUUGUUUCUUUCUUUUUCUUUUCUUUCUUCUUUGCCUCAUUUCUUCCUUGUUUCUUUCUUUUUUUUUUCUUUCUUUUUCUUUUCUUUUUUUUUCUUUCUUUUUCUUUCUUUCUUUUUCUUGCCUCAUUUCUUCCUUUUUUUUUUUUUUUUUUUUUCUUUGCCUCAUUUCUUCCUUGUUUCUUUCUUUUUCUUUCUUUUUUCUUUGCCUCAUUUCUUCCUUGUUUUUUUUUUCUUUUUUUUUCUUUCUUCUUUGCCUCAUUUCUUCCUUUCUUCUUUCUUUUUUUUCUUUCUUUCUUCUUUUUCCUCAUUUCUUCCUUGUUUCUUUCUUUUUUUUCUUUCUUUCUUCUUUGCCUCAUUUCUUCCUUUUUUUUCUUUUUUUUUUUUUUCUUUUUUUCUUUGA